AUGUCGGCUCUCAAAGACUUCAGUUAUAAAGAAGAUGAAGACGGCGACAUUCCGGCACUUGUGCGAGGUAACGAACAAAAUUUGAACGAUAUUUUAAGAUCUACUACAUGCGAUGGAGGAAACGCUAUCGUCAGUAACAAGAAAAUUGAGCAAGCGAACAAGCAAUUGGAAAUUGACACCAGCAAUCGCGCGGUUCGAAUCCCAGUCACUAUCAUAACAGGCUACUUAGGAUCAGGUAAGUCGACCUUACUUGAAAAGAUCGCCAUAAAAGGCUCUGACAAAAAGAUAGCUGUCAUACUAAAUGAGUUUGGUGACUCUAGUGAAAUUGAAAAAUCCAUGACCAUUAGGGAUGGCGAAAAUUCUUACGAAGAAUGGCUAGACUUAGGAAAUGGGUGCUUGUGCUGCAGCCUCCAAGAUGUCGGAGUGAAAGCUAUCGAGAGUCUGAUUUCUCGGUGUCCUGGCAAAAUUGAUUACAUCUUGCUCGAGACUUCAGGGAUUGCAGAUCCAAGACCUAUUGCCAAAAUGUUUUGGCAAGAUGAUGGUCUUUACAGUAACGUCUAUUUGGAUGCUAUUAUAACAGUUUUGGAUGCAGAAAACGUCUUGACGUGUCUAGACGAUGUAUCGCCUGCGACUCACUGGCAUGGCGAAGAAGUCAUGGUGGAAGAAAACAUUACAAUAUCGCAUUUACAAAUUGCCAUGGCCGAUUCCGUGAUUUUGAAUAAAAUGGACAAAAUAAGUAGUGAAGGACUAGCAGAGAAAAUCGAGAACAAGAUUCGUCAAAUAAACUCAAUAGCGCCAAUUCAUCAUGCUAGCUACGGGGAAGUUCCACUGAGCGAAUUAAUGAACUUGCACGCAUUCGAAUCGUUCAAAUUUGAGCAAGGUCCGUCAGGAGUCAUACAUGAUCCGCGAAUAUGUACUGUGACCAUCAGUUUUCGACCUCUAAAGAAUGAGAGCGAGUUUGAAAGAUUCCGUGACGGGUUUCUACGAGUGGUACACUGGAAAGACUUUGGUCAUGAAUUAGAAGGUGAUUGGGAGAUUCAUAGGACUAAAGGGAUGAUCUUAGUCGGCGACUCAUGCAAAAUUAUCCAAGGCGUCCGCGAAACAUUUGACAUUUUGCCAGGGAAUUGUUUGGAAGAAGCGCAUGAGUGCAAAAUGGUCUUCAUCGGCAAAGGAAUAUCGGAGCCUGUCUUGUUACAAAUCCUAGAAAAAGUUGUAGAUAUAUAG